AUGUCCGAUUCCCCUCGAAACCCUAACUCCGCCGCGAUUCAAUCCUCCGUCACCAAGCCCGAAUUGCUUCGCGCGCUCGAAUUCCAUCUGGGUUCUUGCUUCAGCGUCGACCCCAUAACUCCUCCACCAAACCCUCUCGUCCUCGUGGUAAGCGGAUCGAGCGGAGUCGGCAAAGACGCGGUGAUCAACAAGCUCCGCGAGGUUCGUGAAUCUCUCCAUUUCGUCGUCACAGCUACCACCCGUGCGAUGCGUCCCGGAGAAAUCGACGGUGUAGAUUACUUGUUCGUCUCUAAAGAUGAGUUUUUAUCAAUGGUUGAGAAAGACGAGCUACUCGAGCACGCACUCGUUUACGGCGAUUACAAAGGGAUCCCGAAGAAACAGAUCCAAGAGUUCAUGGGUAAAGGAUUCGACAUUGUUCUGAGAGUUGACAUUCAAGGAGCUCAGACGCUUAAGGAGAUUCUUGGGAGCUCUGCUGUGUUUAUCUUUCUUGUUGCUGAGAGUGAGCUUGCUAUGGUUGAGAGGCUGAUUGAUAGGAGAACAGAGAGUCAUGAGGAGUUGCUUCUUAGGGUUGCUACGGCUAGAGAAGAGAUUAGACAUGUCAAGGAUUUUGAUUACGUUGUUGUGAAUGCAAAAGGGAAGCUUGACGAUUCGGUUAAGCGUGUGGAAUCCAUUAUAGAUGCUGAGAAGUCUAAGGUUCAUCAGAGAAUUGUCAGAAUUUGA